AUGGAACAAGAUGUUAUAAAUUUGAAAAACCAUACUACUCAAUAUAAAGUACUGAAAGAUGAAGAAAUAAAACAAAAAGCCCUGAAGACAUAUAUGGAUAGCGAUGAGUAUAAAAAAGAAGUUGAAGCAAAUGUAAAGGCAGAAAAACUUUUACAGUUGCAAAACCAAACCGUACAGUAUGAAAACUUAGCACAAGAAAGUAAAAAUAACGACGCAGCCAUGCAAAAGGCAAUGAACAGCGCAGAAUAUAUAAAAGCUAAUAAUGACUGGUUAGAUGCCCAAGCCAACGCUAAAGCAGCCCAACUUAUAGGGUCAAUAAGGACAAAAAUACAAGCGGAUGAAGACAGUUCAAAUGAAGCUUUAAUGAAUGCUGACUUUAAGAAUGCCUUCGAAGCUCUUCAUAGUAAGGUGAAACUAGUGAACGACUUCUCAUCUGGAAAGAAACUGAAGUCUGAAGGUUUCGACAAAGAGUUAAGAGAAGUAGCACAAAAUAUGACGAAAAUAACAGAUGCAGCAACGAGACAGGCAGUUCAAAGUGCCUAUGACGCCGUUAGAGCAACUGUUGUGGAAAGUCAAGAAAAAGAGUUACAACAGAUCAAAACAGACCUAGUAAAUGCUUUCUUAAGAACGAAAAGUCAGGUAGGACACUAUGCUGCAGAUGGAACAUAUGUGCCAGCUGGUGGAACUUAUAUACCACCAAACCCUCCAAGAGAAGCACCUGCACCAGGACUACCUAAAACAUUUACAUCGUCACAUGGACACAGACACAGGCAUGCAACAAAACCAACACAACAACCAACAGUUCAAAAUCCAGCACCACAACAACAACCAAAACCAACAGUUCAAAACCCUGCACAGCAACCAACAGUUCAAAAUCCAGCACAACAACCAAAACCAGCACAACCAGCACAGCAACCAACAGUUCAAAACCCUGCACAACAACAACCACAAACAGAGCAAGGACAUAAAAGAAGUAGAGAAAAAGGAAACCAAGAAUUCUUAAAAAUGCUUAAGGAAGAUUAUGGUUACCCAGAUACUCUUGACUUUAGUGACAGAUAUAAAGAAGCUAUUAGAAAGUUCAAGGAAGGAAAUACUGACCCGAACCUAUUUAGCUUUAUGGUUCAGCAUCAAAUCGGAUAUAAUCUCAAACCUGGAAAAUACAAGCUCGCUAAGGGAUAUGAUUUAAUAGCAUAUCAUCCAAAUGACAUGGAUGAAUUUACUCCGAGAUAUUUGAUGUCAGAGCUAAAUGAUAAUUCAACUCUCUUCAUGAAACGUGUAAAAAAUAGAGACGGAACGAAAGAAGAAAGGUUUAUGAGUCCGGAUGACUUAGAUAGGGAACUUGUUAAAAACGGUCUCGGAAUAUAUGAAAUGCCAGCAGAUGAGGUACAAGAAACUCAACAGGAAGAAGUUCAGAUACAACCAGACAUGGAAGAAAUA